GGAGGGAUCAACUUGGUGGUGGCAGUGAUCUGGAGUAGAUUGUGUUGACUCAAAUCUUUCAGCAUAAAUACCGCCAUCACAUCGUUCAGAAUCACCAGUCUUUCAAUAACUUUUUGGUUCGUAUCAUUUGAUAUCAAAAUUCCCCACAAAAAAUGGCUGCAAAGUUGAUCAUCUUCGCUGCUUGCGUAGCUUCUGCUCUUUCCCAAUACGCCGCCCCAGCUUACCCAGCACCAGCAUACUCUGUCCCAGCUUACCCAGCUGUCAAGGCUUAUGCACCAGAACCAGCUUACCCACCAAGACCAUACAGCUUCGAAUACAGCGUCAACGACCCACAUACCUAUGAUGUCAAAAGCCAACACGAAUACUCCGACGGAAACGGUAAUGUAAAAGGAUCUUACAGCUUGUUGGAAUCUGAUGGAACCACUCGUGUUGUUGAAUACACCGCUGACUCCUACGGAUUCAACGCCGAAGUCAAGAAAAUCGGAGGACAAGCUUACAGUGCUCCAGCAUACAAACCCACUUACGCCGCUCCAGCUUACCCAGCACCAGCUUACCCAGCACUUGCUUACCCAGCACCAGCAUACAAAACUUACUAAGUUCAAACAUUGAUAUUUCUUUUCUUCCUAUUGGUCGAUUACUCAACAGCAAUAAGACCGCCAGUCAUCUUCUUCUAUUUCAUCUCAAAAGUUUUUUACCUUGCCAUUAUUUAAUAAUAUACGUGUAUUUAUUUUGUAAAUAUAAAAAUUUACGUAUUUUAUUAA